UCUGCCAGCCUCUCUGAAGAAGAGAAAAAGCUCCAAGAGAUCCACGACAAGUGCCAAGCCGAUCCAGCCACUUAUGUCGACCACGAACUGUUGCACCACCUUGCAGACAACAUUGACAACCCUAAAGUAGGUGCCCACAUGCUUUGCGAAUCGAAGGCCGUAGGUCUUCAGAAACCAAAUGGCGAACUGGAUUUGACUGUCAUCAAACAGAAGAUAACGCUCACAGUUGAUGACAAAGAUAAAGUAGAGAGAUUGGUCAGGGAAUGUGCUGUAAAGAAAGAAACUCCGGAAAAGACCGCCGUAAAUCUGUUUAUGUGCUUGGACAAGGAUGGAGUCACCUAUUUCCAUGAAUUUUAAUUUCUUUGUGAUACCUAUGGUGCAUAUACUACGCUUAUGUAUUUAAUAUUAAGGAAAUAAGUAAAAACAGUAUUCUA